AGCUCUUGGCCAUGGUAUAGUCGACAAACAUCCUACAUAGCAGCUUGCGAAGCCGACCGUGAGGCGUUGACAAGGCAAUGCGUACCGCAAUAAAGCUGAACUUCUUUGUCAACCUGCAUCCAUCCUUAGAAUGGCUAUACAGUGAAAUACCAUUACAACACUUCUAUGACCAAGGCGCUUCGUUACGCUUCUGGUAAACUACGGUGCCCCUGCCUUAUACGUCCGGAAAUGGGCGUUGAAGCCAUUAAUGAGAAAUGAAGAAGAACCCAUAGCCUUUCGUGUUUCGUCUCCGCGACACUCCUCGGCAGCUCGGUCUGGCGCAUAGCAAAGUGGCAGUUGGCGGUGGUUUCGGGGUCCAUCGCGCCGCUUUGCCAGGAGAGCGAUGGGGUGUGCGCCCAGCAGGCGCAACAACGGCGUCCCUCCACCACCUCCCAACGUCUUCUUGCCACAUUACACCCUAUCAGCCCUAGACGGCCGCGACGUCUUCGGCCCCUUCCUCAAACUCGUAUCGUACGAUCCUGCCUCGGGUGCCCUCCAGCUUUCAGCGCUGUUAGUAUGCAGUGAAGCCGCCCAACAACGGCUGCUGCAGCCGCAAUCACCACAGCAGCACCAGCACCAGCACCACCUACCAAGGCACCUGCACCUGCACCGCCGGCGUUCAGACCAGCAGCAGGAGACCGUUCCGCAGGGUCCCCAUGCGCACCUCCACGAAGCUAACCAGCAGCACCACCAGCCGCAGCACCACCAGCAGGGGUUACUAGAUCAAGAGAGCGGCGGCGGUAGUGGUGGUGGUGGUGAGGCUCAAGCAGUGGGAGCGCAGCCGCCGCCGCAGCAGCAGCAACAGCAGCAGCAUCGCACGGUGCCGUAUAUUUACUGGCGUGACGUCCAUCCGGGCGACAAUCCUGGAGCUAACCGUGGUGUUGACGGUGGCGGCGGUGGUGGUGGUAAUGGUGGUGGGAGGGUUGCAGGUGCUAAUGUUUCUGCGGCUUCAGCAACGGCGACAGCUGAAGCAACAGAGGAAGCCGCUGCGGCGGCGGCAACUACUUCUGCUGCCUCAAAGGCCGCUGCUGCUGCUGCUAUAGCAGCGGAAACAGCCGAGGUCACAGCAGCAGCAGCAGGGAUGAGGAAAACGGAUGCAACAGCUGGCAAGGCUGACACGCAAGGCAGGCCAACGCCCAGCAAGGUAGAAUUGGUGGAGAUGACAUCGGUAGCCUCCAUCGCAGCUGAGGAAGCAGCGGCAGCAGCAGCAGCAACGGCAUUUGCAGCAGCUACAAGGGAGCCACCACAACAUACAACAACGCCUCAAGAAGCAGCACAACGCACAAAACCAACUCUAACGGCCGCAUUAACCAACACCACUCCACCACCAGCUGACGUACGGAAUCCAGGAGCAACCGCAACAGCAGCACCCGUAUUGACAUCGACAACGCCGGUUAGCGCUGCGGCACCAGUACCGGCCUCCUCCUCCCCUCCCUCCCAUCCAUACGCCCCAUCAUUCCCCACCUCCCCUUUCCCCUCUUCCUCACCUUCCCCCACCGCUGCCGAUGCCUGGUACGACAGCUCCUCCUCCUCCUGUUGUACGGCAGCUGGCGAGCUGUUGUACGACUGGAGGGACUGGCACUUCUGGCGCUUCAGCCUCCGCACCACGUGCGGUACGGCGGCCAAACAGCUGCAGUACAAGUUGGAUCUGGUUCCGGGCCGCACCUUCACGGUUGCCGUACCGCCCCGUCACCUCAGCUGCUGGCACUGGGCCUUCACCACCUGCAACGGGCUGGACAGCCCCGCUAACCGGGAGCGCACCGGUGGGGUGCAGCCGCUGUGGAGGGACGUGAUGCGGCGGCACGCGGUGCAGCCUUUUCACGCGCUGGUGGGAGGCGGUGACCAGCUGUACAACGACUCCGUGUUCGCCUGCCCGCAGCUGCGCGGCUGGGACACGGCGGGCAGCGCGGCGGAGGCGGCGGCGCGGGUGGGGCUGCCGUACAGCGGGCGUGUGGCGGCGGAGGUGGAGGAGAGCUACUUCGCACACUACUGCGUGCACCUGGGGCAGCCGGUGUAUUGCGAGGCCCUGGCCAGCAUCCCCUCACUCAACACCUGGGAUGACCAUGACAUAUUCGACGGCUGGGGCUCCUACCCCGAGCCCAUCAUGCAAGCCCCCAUCGUGCGAGGUAUCUUCACAGCCGCCUCCCUCUUCUACCACCUCUUCCAGCAUCACACAACACCACAACGAGCGCCGACUGACGGUUACUGGAGCGGCUCCUCGUACAUGUCGUACUUUGGAUCCAAAACCGUUGUCGUACUGCCGGACACUCGUACGUUCCGUACGAUUAACCAGAUCUGCCCGCCGGAGUUUUACGAGGAGUUGGAGCGGCGGUUGAGGUCGUUACCCGCUUCAGUGGAGCAUGUGGUGGUUGUACUAACUGUACCUGCGAUCUACCCGCAAUUAGACGUCGUACAAUGCUUGCAGUCCCUAUCCGACCGGCUGCUCGGCUCCCCCGGCCUGCCCGCCCUGCUGGCCGGCAAGACGGGGCUGCUAGGCCGGCUGCUGCCCACCCGCUUCGGCGAGUUGGAGCUGCUGGAUGACUUCCGGGACCAGUGGGGCGCAGCGGGGCACGUGGGGGAGCGGGACAGGCUGCUGGGGCUGCUCAUGGGCUUGGCGGAGGAGAAGGGCUUCCGCGUAUCGCUCUUGAGCGGUGACGUGCACUGCGCCGGCUUCGGCCUGUACCACACCCGACGGGGAGGGCACUCGGGCAAGCAGCACCUGAAAACGAAGGAGGAGGAGGAGGAGAUGCCAGCAGCAACAGCGGCAGCAACAGCAGCGGCAGUGGAGGAGCAGGAGGUCGAUUUGGGUCUGCCGGACCCCGCGGCCCUGGCGAGCGACCCACGGUUCAUCCCGCAGAUCAUCAGCUCCGCCAUCACCAACGUGCCGCCGCCCAACUUUGUGCUGGGGCUGCUGCGGGACGCGGGAGCUAGGCCCAAGCCGGCUCUGGAGAACUGUGUGGCUCGCAUGCUGCCGCUCAGCGCUGCCAACACCCUGCUCAACGCCUCCUCCUGCUCCUGCUCCUCAUCCGCCGCCCCUGCCGCCGCCACCGCCGCAUCGUUCACCACACCCACAACCACAGCAACCAUCUCCACGCCCACUGCACCCCCUGCAAACAACAAUAACAACAACUGCAGCAGCAGCAGCGGUGGCGAAUGCGACAAGAACAAGCCAGUACAGGUGCAUGCUUCGGCGGCGAUGGUGCGGACUGCUGUGGCUGAUGACCCAAAUGAGGGGUUGCUGCUUAUCGGCGAGCGAAACUGGUGUGAGGUGGCGCAGGGGGCCAGCAACAGCAGCGGCAGCGGCGGUGGUUAUGGAUGCAGUGACAGUGAAGGUGCGGGCGACAGUGCAGCCGGCGGCGGCGGUGAGGAGGGGUCAAGCCUGGUGUUUUCAAUACGCUGCGAGAGGGGGCUGGGGUCGGGUGUGGUGCGUGCGUAUCCGGUGCGCGUGCCGCCGUUGCAGCGGUUGUGGCCACGGUGAUUGCCAGAAGACGUGAAGAGUAGUAGUAGAGGUGUGGAUGGUAGAGGUGUGAAGAAGCAACCUAUGAGCGUGGGGGGGGCGCGUAAUGGCUGGAUGAGGGUUGCGCCGUACGAGCGAUGAUGUGAGGUGUACGGCGGCUGGCGGGGCUCUGCAUGCGUUGCCAGUGUGGACCCCAGUGGCGUUAGGUGUGCAAGCCGGUGCGCGUGGGCGCGACAGCGUUACGUGUGUUAAAAUAACUGGCCGCGAGUAGGAACAUACUGGGAUGUCGGAAGAUGAAGUCCCCACUACGUGUGUGUAGCUGUCGGGAGCUUUCCCUCCGCUGGAAGCCUGAGGCGUGAGCUGAGGUGGUGUGUAUGGGCAACCCUGGAGGUAGCUGAGGGGCUGUGCUGCUGUGGGCGUGACGUCAUGUUGGCGGCAAGGGGAUUGGGAACCGGAAGAGAGUUGACUGGGAUUGGUAUUCUGCAUCAGGCUUACUGAGGAUCUGCUCCUUGGGGCUACGACCCCAUCCAUCGCCGUGAAAGGACUGCUGUGUAUUGUGCAUGCAGAAGAGCCCAUUGCAUGUGUACGUUGAGGAGCGUGUGUACCGCUUCUUGAGGAGGGUGUUGACCGACUGUGGAUUUUGUCGGCGUUGACUGGCAGGGGAUGUGGCGGCCGUGCCACGCCUGCUUUGAAACUGCUGAAGCGUAACUGUCUACCGGCAAUGGUAGGGAUGUUAGUUCGCAUGCUGCUGGGUGAAUGAGUGGACGUCACAAUGGUUCCCUAAAACCCAACCCUACCACCCUGCUAGGUGUCACGAAGUAUUGGUUUGCCACUCUGUACAUCACCAUAUACGUCAUUCAACUGUUUUGUUGUGUCGUGUAGUUGUGUAGGGUGCAAGCUUACGGCCUCGUUGCAAACUGUUGGCGAGUAGUUGCUGAGUGAACGGGUUAGAUAGAGGAGCAGCUCCGCACAUGCGGUGCAUGCUUGCCGCAUGGUUCCGCAUUGUUUUUUGGACUCGCGCAUUCGAUAUGUAUGAUGCAUGGCGACCUCGACAUUGUUAUGCAAUAGGCACUGAGGCUCGUAAAGGACUGUAACGAUAACGAUGAGGCUGGUUAGCGGUCAUGGGGACGGGGACGCCUAGGCACACCGGACUGGCCUAGCCUCAA